AUGGAACCACAAUGGCUGACAAGUUAUCCAUGCUGCCUUCUUCAAAGGCAGUCUUUACUAUGCAUUCGGCUGAUGGAUAAUCGCAAGAAGGGAAUAGCUUCAACAUUUCAUAACCUUUGGAAUCUUGGACGGUCAAGCUUUCAAGGGAACUGCCUUCAAGACAAAGAUCCCAAACAGCGCUCUACUGCACGAUUUGGACUUCUCAUUGCUCUCCAAAGAUGCAAAAGCAAAACCUCCAUCAUCAUCCCUUGGAAGAAAUCCUCAAGUGACAAGGAUCACAUGACGAUAUACAUAGAUUAUGAGAUGUUGAAGGAUGUAUUGAGAUUUAGCAGACAAGAACUCAAAGUAGCAUGUGAAGAUUUCAGCAACAUUAUUGGGUCCUCUCCAGACAAUCUAGUCUACAAAGGGGCCAUGAAAGGUGGGCCUGAGAUUGCUGUAAUAUCGCUUUGCAUUAAAGAAGAGCAUUGGACAGGCUAUCUUGAGCUUUAUUACCAGAGAGAGGUAGCUGAUUUGGCAAGAUUAAAUCAUGAGAAUACAGGAAAAUUACUGGGUUAUUGCACAGAGAGUAAACCAUUUACAAGGAUGUUGGUUUUUGAAUAUGCAUCAGAUGGGACGUUGUAUGAGCACCUCCAUUAUGGAGAAGGAUGCCAAUUAUCUUGGACACGGCGAAUGAAAAUUAUCAUAGGCAUUGCUCAGGGACUCAAAUACCUUCACACAGAACUUGACCCACCUUUUACUAUAUCCGAGUUGAAUUCUAGUGCUGUUUAUCUUACAGAAGAUUUUUCUCCCAAGGUAUCUCAAAGCCUUGAAUAUUGCAGUGUGUUUAACAUUUUACUCUUAUUUAUGCAUUUAAAAAGAAUGUCCUGGUCAUGCUGAGAUUGAGAAGAUUGG